UCUUUCACCGAGCCCAGCAGCUUAUCAGAAAUUAUAUUACCAGUUCCAUGUAGUGCUUAAUCUAUCAGAUUCCUGGUAGACUAGGUUAUGAUCAAGAUGAGCGACCCCCAGGAAAGUAGAAAUCUGUUCUCCCGCAACCUGAUAGACACCAUUACCAAAGAUGCCCUGCAGCAAAACAGAGAUUCCCCAAUAAACACGGUUUUCUCACCCGCUUCCGUCCAAAGUUGCUUGACCCUGGCCUUCAUGGGAGCUUCAGGAUCGACGGCCGAGGAGCUGAGGAAUGGACUGCAACUUGGACCAGGAGAUCGUCAUCACAUAGCCCGCUCCUUUGGGGAAUUCUGGCGGACAAACUGCAAUUAUGGCGACCGAGGACCCGUUCUGAAGUCCGUGAAUCGAUUGUACGUGAACGAUAGCCUGGAACUGCAUCCGGAAUUCAACGAGAUUGCCGUUGACUUUUUCCAGUCGAAGGCGGAGGUUGCCAAGUUUGCCGAUUCCGAAGGGGCAACGCAGCAGAUCAACGAGUGGGUGGAACUGGAGACGGAGCACAAGAUCACCAACCUGCUUCAGUCGGACGCCGUGAACGACGAGACCAGCGCCGUGCUCAUCAACGCCCUGUACUUCAAGGGAAAGUGGCAGAAACCCUUUAUGCCGGAGACCACCUCGCUAGACGCUUUCCACGUGGACCCGGACACGCGGGUGGAGGUGAACAUGAUGUACCAGGAGGACAAGUUCAGGUUCGCUGAUUUACCACAGCUGAAAGCCCGGGCUGUCCAGCUCCCCUAUGAAUACUCUAACAUCCAUAUGCUCAUUCUGCUGCCCAACGAAAUCUCCGGCUUGCAGGAGUUGGAACUGCAACUCAAGGAUGUGGAUCUAGCUGACAUUGAUGCGGCCAUGAUUCUGCAGGAUGUGGAGAUUUUUCUGCCCAGGAUGGACAUAGAGUACGACGUGGACCUCAAACAAAUACUAAAUCAGCUGGGCAUUGCGGAAGUCUUCAGCGAUAAUGCCAAGCUGGACGGCCUCUUCACCUCGAAAACUGGCCAAAAGAUCUCGGCGGCGAAGCACCGUGGCUACAUCAACGUAAACGAGGCGGGAUCAGAGGCAGCAGCCGUCACUUUCAUGAAGAUCGUACCCAUGAUGCUGAACAUGAACAAGAAGCUCUUCAAAGUGGACCACCCGUUUGUGUUCUACAUUCGCAACUCGCAGGCCGUCUUCUUUGCCGGGAGAUACUCGAACCCCAGGUCUGGAUUAAAAGAGGAGGGUGCCUCGAGGGAAGGUUCCAAUGCCAGCAUGUACAAUGUCCCAGAACAGCAGUGAGACCA